UACAAGAUGUGCCCGUUAUUUGCAAGUAGCGCAGAGAGUGUAAUGUUUAGAGCCUCGAUUAGAGUUCUGAGAUCGCGUCAACUGUAGUUGACUCUCCCCACUUAGUUGAUAAUUAAACCAGACCAGUCGCUUGGCAGUAACUGUGUUGUAAGCAACGAACAGAAGUCGACGCAUUAAAAAUGUUGAAGAUCACACGUUUCCGCGAUGUUUGGACAAAAUGUCCUUUGACAAGAUUAUACACGCAGAAAGUAAACAUCGGAGUUAUCGGAGCAGAUUUACAAAAGGAAAUAGACAAAAUGCAACGCAUCAGAUCGUCAGGGCAACCGCCUAAAGUCUGGAAGCAGAUAGAGAAAAAGGAUAAAGACGGGAAACUGAUGAAGUUCACGAUUCAGGAAAUUCCCGAAGAUCGGUAUGAAGACGCGGUUCAACACAUGUGCACAUUCUUCUUAGCCGAUGAACCAACUUGCCAAUGUUUAAAUGCAGUAAACGAUCCUUUAUUUAUACAAGACAUAAGCACGCUAUGGCGUCUACUAGUUGCACAAGGUAUAUCCAUAGCUGCAUUUACCGACAAUCCUAACGGUGGAAAGCCUGUAAUUGCUGGCAUGAAUACUUUGGGUAUUGGUGUUAAAAAUAAGAAAGACAGCAUUUCUGAUUAUCAGUUUAAGUCAGAAAAUUGCAAAAAUGUGCUCGAAAUCGUAACUGGUUCAACAAAGAUAGUAUAUGAACAUUACAAAGUUGACAAAUAUCUAUAUGCUAUUGGACUUAGUGUAGAUUCUGACUAUCGAGGAUACGGAUUAGGCAAGGAUAUUCUGAAAAUCAGGGAUCUUAUCGGACCUACGUACGGAGUGCCAGCAACGUCCACUGUGUUUUCGUCAAUAAUUUCGCAGAAGUCAGCAGCGGGUGCAGGAUUCGAAGUACUCGAGAUAAAAAAUUUCGCCGAUAUGGUAGACAAAAAUGGAAAAAAAUAUUUUCCCGGAAUUGAUUCCAAGGAUUUUAAAAUCAUGGCUAAAAGAUUGUCUUAAUAUAACCUGAUGAAUGGGACGAUAUUCAAGAACAACGAGAUUCAUAUUUAAAUUUGUUACCUGCAGUGCAUUAAGUUUUACGCAAUUUCUAUUUUAAAUUACUUAAUAUUGUUCAAUGUCACCGUAACUUACAUUGAAACAAAUAAUAAAAAAUCUGAUCAUUAUCAGCGCAUCAUUAUUUGUACAUUAUUAUCAGCUUUCUGUCAAAGUAAAGGCAGAUAAUUUACGAUAAAAAUACAUCGAAAUAAACAUUAUAAAAUUCUAACAACAUUGUUUCUAUAUAUACGCAGUAAAAUGCGAAUUGCAUAUAAUCUAUUCGCUAGAA